UUUGCUUGGAUCAACGAUUGAGAUUUAAGUUCAUCCGUGUGCAAAUCAUUUUAAUUUCAGCUGAUCUCUAAAGGAUCAAUAAUGAUAAAUACAUUUUAUGUAACUUCAUCUCAGAAUCAGUAAUUAUAUAAUCUUAAUUCCACUAGUUAGGUGAAGACGCACCCAUUUCCAUUAGAAUUAAAGCAGAAAAUCUUACAAAAUUGGAGGUUGAAAUAAUUGUUAAUACCGAUUGUCAUUUGCUCUGUUAAAAGUUCUCAACCCAUGGGAAGGCUUAACUGUUGACAAUGUUACUUAAUCACAGAUUAUCCGGUCGUAUGUACUGAUAUCCAGAUAACCUCCAAGGUAAUGGGGUGAGGGAUUAAGAUUACUUGUAAGAUAUUGCUAUAAAAACAAUUGAGGCCAUUAUUGACUGGGCCAGUGUCGAGUCGUUUGCUAUUAAGUGUUCAUCGCUAGCGUCCAAAUCUAUUCAAUAGAUUUAACUGUUACAUUUUUGUUUUAAAAGUUAAACAAUCAAAACGAAUCUGAAAUGUCGGAAAAAAUUAAAUUUCUGCUUUCCUAUUUGAAUUUAAUGAAAUUUGAUUUCUGUGUGCUCAUGAUUGCCCUUGCUUCAAUGAUUCAAGUCAUAGCUGUGACACAGUUAAUGGAGGAUAAAAUGUGCCUAAACCAUCUUAAACUGGAUGAACAAUUUUGCUCAAAUUUUACAUCUUUUCCCAAUUCAAAUGAAACCCAGACGAUACUUCAAGCCGCCAAUAAAUUUAAAAACUGGCAAUUCUUAGUUAGCAGUAUACCGUCUCUGUUUAUGUCAGUUUUUGUUGGCUAUUGGCUGGGAAAUUAUCCGAAAUAUUUCAAGCCAUUCAUUAUUUCAGUCUUUUGUGGAGCCAUUAUUGAAACUUCACUAAUGCUGGUCAAUUCGUUUGUAUUCACUGCUCCUUGGUGGGCUAUACUUUUGGCUUAUGUACCCUAUGCAUUAAGUGGUGGUAUAUUUUUGGUAUACAGUGCUGUUUACACUUCCAUUUCAUGGGGGACUCCAAAACAUCUGGUAAUCGUACGCUUUUCCGUGAUCGAGCUUUUUGCCAAAACUGCUAGGCUUGGUGCUAGUUUUUUGGGCGGUCACAUUCUUGCUCAGGACCCAUGGAUAUCUGGUCAGCGUAAAAAUUAUGCUGGAGUUUUUAUAGUUGGUUUGUCAAUGCAAUUGAUUGGAUUGAUUUACACCGUUUUGAUGAAACCUUCAUUUGUUUACGAAAAAAACAUUGAAAAGGAGAAAGCAUCUUUCAUUCAAGUCAUCACCGAUGUUUUCCGUAUCUCUAGAGCUAAAGAGUGUGCCUUAUUGUUUUUAAAGAAAAGACCAAAUUCAGGAAGAUUAAGAUUGAUUUUGUUGUUGACUUCAGGUGCAAUUUGUAAUGCGGCAAUUGGCAGUGAAGACGGUAUUGCCUAUCAGUUUGCUCAACGUGUUUAUGGACUCACAGAAGAAGCAUAUACGUCAAUGUUGACACUUGUUUAUGUACCACCAACCAUUGCAACCUUUAUUGGGCCAUCAAUUUUGAAAUUUUUAGGCUUAUCUGAUUCAAGUAUUGCCAUAUUUGGAUGUUUAUCAUUGGUGGCUUUUUUUGCCAUUAGAGGAAUUUUCUUGACCAUUCGAGGUUACAUUGCUGGAUACGUUAUUGGUUCAUGUGGACGAAUCUCUAGUGUAGCUAUUCGUAGUCUCAUAGUUUCGACAGUUGAUUCAGUUGAAUCGGCUCAAAUUUUAACUCUAUCAACAGCUCUUGAAAUCUUCACAGGAUUAGGCGGUACUUUCCUGUAUACUUCAAUAUUUAGCUUGACAAUAGCUCAUCAACCUGGAGCUGUAUUUCUUUUGGUAGCCACAAUCAUAUUAUAUCCACUUUUGGUAAGCUGUUGGAUAAGAUUUGGACAAAGAAAAAGCGACAAGUUAGAUGACAAAGCCAACGUUGAAGUCGCAAUGCACAAUGAGGAACAAAAAUUAUAAUUUUUACAGAACGUUGUUGAAUUAAAUUCACAAAAAUUUUGUAAAUAAAAGUGUUUAAUUCAAAUUUUCUUGAAAAUAUUGACCUAUUAAUUCGUUUGUUGACUUGAAGAAAGGAUUAGUUGUAUUAAAUUGGAAGCAUUUUGCUUUGUUUUAUUACAUGUUUGUAUUUUCUAUUGAAUGAUGAUCUCUCAUUGAAUCAUUUUUUU